AGUGUUUUCACUGAUAUGACAUCUGUUAAGCCUUUGCAAUUGACUUUAGCCAUCAUGAAACCUCAUGUGGUGUCUUGUCCAUUUUCUUUACUUUGGCCGAUGUAACUAACACCAACAUUGUUGGUAUGUCAAAUAGGCGGAGGAAGAUCAAUUCAGAUGCAUUUUGGUCAGAACACGGUUUACUUCUCUUGUGGGUCAACGAUAUCAGACGGACAAUACUGGAUAAUGGUUUUUAUGUUGUACGGUCAAAGCGCCAAACUAUUAAACUGGAACAGGCUAAACAAUUUUACAGUGAGCAUAAAACAAAGUUUUUUUAUAACAGGCUCAUCACAUUCAUGACAAGUGGACCAUCAGAAGCAUAUAUACUGGCUAGAGAAGAUGCAAUUUCAGUUUGGCGUCAUUUAAUGGGUCCAACUAAAGUUUUCCAAUGCCAGCUGAGUAAUCCUGAUUCUAUAAGAGCUAAACAUGGACUAACAGAUACUAGAAACGCCACACACGGAUCUGAUUCUGAUGAAUCAGUUCGCCAAGAAGUCAGUAUAAUAGUGCCACAAUUUUGCUUUGAGCAUUGGAAACAAACUGAAGAACCUAUGUUUAGAAAUGGAAAAGUACAAUUUAAUGAUCAACAGUUUAUUCAUGUUACACAUAAAAGUUAGGUCAUUUUAUAUGUGAUGAUGAAAAUAUUAAAAUAAUGCCAAAUAAAUAAAAAUUAUUGUUGACUA